AUGUCAUUGCCAACUGAUUGUCCACAAAGAAAUGAACGACGUGGUUGGAUGGGCGAUGCUGCACUCAGUAUUGAUGAAACACUCUACAAUUUCGAUUAUGUCAAUUUCUAUCUUAAUUUUCUCACUAUGAUUGCUGACAAUCAAGCGUUUGAUGGGGCUGUAAGUGACACUGUACCAUUCACAGUGGGUUUAGUUCCUGCCGAUCCGAACUGGGGUACAGCCUAUGCAACCAUUACUUGGUACUUGUAUGAACAUACUGGUGAUAUCACGAUUAUCAAAAAAUAUUAUACAGGUAUUCAAGCGUGGAUCGAUUAUUUGACUGGUCAAUAUCAGAAAACUGGUCUAGCCAAUAUGUUCUAUCAUUUUGGUGAUUGGGCAGCAGCUCAAUCGACAAAAAAUGGUUCUCUCGUGUCCUCGUAUGCAUAUAUGCAUGAUGUGUACACAUUUAUUAACAUGAGUGAAAUCUUGAAUCACACUGAUAAUGUGCAAAGGUACAGACAAUUGUAUCAGCAGUUGGCUGAUGAAUUUCAUCGUGUCUUCUACAAUGCGACUGCGACAGGCUAUACAGAUGGGUGUCAAGCAGCAAAUACUCUUGCACUAGCCUUGUCCAAUGUUGUACCAGUAUCGAUACGUGCUACUGUGCUCAAUGCUCUCGUCACUAGUCUGAAUACGACUGGUCAUUUCUAUGGAGGUAUCGUCAGUGUAGCUCCAUUGUACCCACUUCUCUCGAGAGAAGGAUAUCAUGAUCUGGCCUUAAAACUCGCUCUGUCUACAUCAUAUCCAUCAUAUGGCUACAUGUUUCACAAUGAAAUCCAAAAUGCUACAACCACUUGGGAACAAUGGAAUACAUUGCCAACACAAGCACAAUCUUCUUUGAAUCAUCACAUGUUUAAUAGUAUUGGUGCAUGGUUUUAUCGAUAUCUGGUAGGCAUUGAGUUGAAUGCUCUCAAAACGAUUACUGUUCAUCCACGGAUGUCCUACGAUUUUGAUUUAUUAAAUCAUGCUGAAGCAGAAUUGAUGACUAUUAAAGGAACAAUUCGAUGGGGUUAA